AAGAGAUGGAUGAAGACUUCGUCCCUGAGCCGGAGCGUCUGCUGGCAGUUGUGAGGAAACUCAAAGAGGUGUUUGACGUGUGUGACGAGGACUCGGACGGGUUCAUCUGCCCUGAACACUUUGUGCAGCUUGGAUCUCAGUUUGGACAAGCAGAACAGGUGAAGAAGUUGGCCAAAUGUCUGGACCGCGACUCUCAUGGGAGGAUCAACUUCAAAGACUUCUGCCGUGGUGUCCUCACCAUGAAAGGUUAUGUUGGGAUCCUUAAAAAGAAAAGUGGGGCACGGUUCAUCACAGGGCCGUAUGAGACUGUUAAGAGUUUCUGUCGGGCUCAACUCAUUACAGAAACAGAGACAAUCUGCAUUUCCAGAUUUUGGAGAAAGAACCCAUAUGAUCACAUUAGAAAAGACGGUAUCUGUAAUGCAGCUGUGUGGAAAAUGUGCUCGAUUUUUCACCCAUUGAUCGCAGUGCCGCAGAAGUCUCCAAAAUACCCUUGA